AUGGUGGAAGGCAGAGUAGUUAUCGUCUCCGCUCUACAAUUCGCUUGCUCCGAUGAUGUCUCCACAAACGUAGAUACUGCCGAAAGAUUGGUCAGAGCAGCUCAUCAGAAGGGUGCAAAAAUCAUUCUUAUACAGGAGUUAUUUGAGGGUUAUUACGUCUGUCAAGCACAGAGGGAGGAUUUCUUUCAGCGUUCUAAACCCUAUAAGGAUCACCCUACAAUAUUGAGGAUGCAGAAUCUUGCAAAAGAAUUGGGAGUAGUAAUACCAGUUAGCUUCUUUGAGGAGACAAACAACGCACAUUACAAUUCAGUGGCUGUAAUUGAUGCUGAUGGAACUGAUCUUGGACUUUAUAGAAAGUCACAUAUCCCAGAUGGGCCAGGUUACCAGGAGAAAUUUUACUUCAAUCCAGGUGACACUGGUUUCAAGGUAUUUCAAACUAAAUUUACCAAAAUUGGAGUAGGAAUUUGCUGGGAUCAGUGGUUUCCAGAGGCAGCUCGCGCUAUGGCACUUCAAGGAAAGGAGAUAAUUCAGACAGAACAUGGCAAAAGUGAGAUCACAUUCUACGGGAACUCUUUCAUAGCAGGACCCACAGGAGAAAUAGUUGCUACUGCUGAUGAUAAUGAAGAAGCAGUUCUUGUCGCAGAAUUUGAUCUGGAUAAAAUUAAAUCCAAGAGAUAUAGCUGGGGGGUGUUUCUUGAUCGGCGUCCGGACUUAUACAAGGUUCUUUUGACCUUAGAUGGCAGCAACAUAUCUCUAUGA